AGCCGUGAUUUUUGCUUUCUUUUCCUUUAUCCUUCUUACUGCUAGGCACUGCUGCAUUCUCCAACAGUUAUUAUUCUACUUACCAUUAUACCACAUUUAACAACACGAAAGAUUGCAACAAUGGAUAAUUCCAUCAACGGCGGCAGAGUGUCAUUUGACCCUGGAUGGAAUGAUCCACCAAAGAUCUCCUUUAAUAGUCAACAAACGCCUCCGAAUCGACCUCGUAACUUUUUGAACAAGAGAGUUGCCUUUCCCUUGUCAGGGGCUAACACAAGCCCUGCAAGUGCACCCCCCGUCAACUUGCCCAUGCCAUCCGGUGCGCCCACCGCACUGGUUCCACCAAGUCUAACUCAGAGAAACACGCCUAGUAACUCUGACAUAAGCAUUAAUAGUGAAAGUGUUCUAGUGGAAGUGAAGACUCUCCUACUAGAGUUAUUGGAAAGCAGCAGUGAGCUGGGAGCCAAAGCACAUGAUAUAAGAAGAAGGUUAGAUGUAAUGGAACUAAUGUGGAUGGAUGGAAAAUUAAAUCUAGAAGUACAAGCACAAAUGAAGGAGCUUGCCCAUGCUCUACGGGAUGAUGAGCCUAAAAAAGCAGAUGACAUCCACAAAGCUCUGAUGGUGAAUGAAGUGAGCAAAGUGGGCACCUGGAUGCCGGGAGUCAAACAACUAAUUCAUCAUUCCAUAGCUCGAUCUGAGCUACUUUCUAUAGACAAAGAGUGACAUCUAACAGUGCCAUUUUGUAAAAGAAAGAGUGGCAUAGCACUAAAUGAACCGUAAAACCACUGCAACUAUAAGCUUAGUCCACAAGUUUAACACGAAAUUAAGUAUCAUAACCAAUCUUUUUUUUCCUUUUAUCAAAAUAUAUGGCCUCGGAACUGUGACAUUCAAAUAAUAUUUACAUGUGAACACGUUAAGUGUUGGAAGCUGAGCUUAUAUAGUAGCAAGUCCAAAAACGAAUGAAAUACAUAUAAUUUUCGAUAUACAAACUAUCAUAAAAAAAUGUCUUUGUUCAUACAUAAGCUGGCUUAUGUUUCAUUUUUAGCUACAUAUAAUAGUUGGGUGGUUUUACAGUAACUAAACAAGUCAAGAUUAAGCUUUUGAUCUCCAGAAUUCAAAAAUUCGAAGGAUUAUAUAGCCAGUCUGUUCAUCAGUGGCGGAUUUGCAUCUUACUCAACUACAAGCCGCCCCUUUUUCAGCACCCAUCAUAUAGACUGUGCCCUAGGCCCGGGCCUACUCGGCCUUAGGGCAAAUCCGCCACUG